AUGGCCUCGCAUGUUUCCUCCAGCGCCCUUGACCCUUUCUCAGUGAAACCCCUCCAAGAGGACGUCACUAACCCGCGCUCCAAAAAGCGGAAAACAUGUCACCUCGAGAAUGACUGGACCAAACAGACUAUCAGCAUUCGGGCUCAUGCCGCAUCCUUAUCCGAUGAACCAUACGUCUUAGAACCGAUUGCCAUUAUUCCGCGCUGCCGAUUGCCGUUGUCAUGGCUGGAUUUCUCCCCCGCCGUGUUGUCCGAUAUACAGCCCGGCAGCUUAUUCGUCGCUAAUAUCCCUGUAUUAGAGAAUGAUUUACGAUUAGAGCCCGUCGUUCUGGCUGUACGACUGGCGUCUGAUGGUGGGCUUUACGUCAUCGAGCGAGUGAAGAAGGGGAUCUAUGCGCUCUCAAAACUAGCUCGCGGUGUGGAAGAAGGGGAUAUCAUUGUUGCUGUGAAAGGGUGGAGUCCAUCGGAGGUGAAACAGGCUCCUCGAUGCAUGUCUCCUAUUCAGGAGGGUGGUGACUGGUGGUUGAUGGCGCAGAUCGAUGACCCCGUCACGGAUCCUCAUUUUCCUACUAAGCGAUCUAAGUUUGACGUUUCUGUCGUUUUCGGCGCUGUGGAUCACGAUGUGCGCAUGCAGGAUGUGUCGCCACCGGUGGAUUCCGGUGAGAGUCGGAGUCAAUCUGUGGCACCUCAGGUAUGUUUGGAGAGGGGCGUGAGUUCUGAUGUUUUCAUGCCUAUUGCGGCGGAUUCUCAAGAGCAUGGGGGUGGUGAUGGCGUCGGGACGGAGUCUAUGAAGAUUGAGUCUCUUCAGUCGCCGCAGGAAAUAUUGGAUAAUCUCAGGGAGCAGUAUCUGCAAGCCCUCUAUAUUUCCAAGACUUCCGUGGCAUACUUUGCUAAAGGUCCGCUGGCACGUUGUCGUACGGCUUUCCAAUCGUCUGAGUCUGGGUCUGCUCAACCCUCGGAGCUCAUUGAGUUUUAUCGAGAGGCUGUUCUUACGGCUAAGAAGAUGGAUCUCAAAUACCGGGAGACAUUGCCUUCGACUCUGAAAGAUGUUGUACUCACUAUUUCGGACGAUGAAUCGACACUUAAAAGGAAGAGAAAAACUAAGAAGAAGAAGCUCGGAAAGAAUGGGCUUUACCCUACAGAGGAACAGUUUAUUCGGACAUGGUGGAAAGGUCGAGCGCUUGCAGAUCAAGGUGUAUCAACCGAGACGUCGCGCGACGCGGAACUCAAGAAGCACGUUGCUGAUCUACGACUACGAGAGACACAGCUUCAGAUCCUUCUCAUUCUCGAAACGAUGGCUCUAGAAGCCGUCAUGGCGGAUGAAGCAAAGUCUACUGGUGACGGGUCCGACAAGACGGAAGUAUCAAAGCCUAAGAAAAUACAAGAUUUGAAAGUUAUGCUUGAACUGCACCUCGAUCGGCUGUGCAUUUGGCAUGCCGUUAGCUUCGACGGUGUUGCCGUCUCUGAUCAAAACAAAGGCUAUGGCGAUAAUGAGUCGGGGGGCAAGAAGGUUGAAAGUGAUGCCGUUCGGGACUUUUGCACUGAGGUCAUCAUACCCUUUUAUGCUUCCCGCCUACCGGAUAAAUGCAAAUCGAUCACCAAGAAACUCGGGGUCCCUAGCGUGCUAUCGCCUUUCCCCAAGAAGGCCCAGCCGAAGAAUAUGCCCCGAGCAGAGCCUGGGGCAGCUGUAGAACGGCAACCAUCGCAAAAGCAUCCUCGUCGUACAUUGCAACGCGUAUUAACGGAUGAACAGACAGCUUCUAAAGGACGUCGACAAUCGCUGAGUCGCUUCAAUACCAUGCCAUCACAGCCCGAGCGGGAAUCGAUAGAACCUUUGUUGCCUUCCUUGAGCGCUAAUGUACGAGGUGGUAUUCAGAAGGCCAAACGAGUAGACAAUCGUGAAGUCGACCUGAACGCUGUGGCCCGGCAACACGAGACCAAGCUGAGGAAGAUGCAAAUGCUCAUGGAUCAGAAGAAGGAGCUCGACGCCGCGAUUAAUGCCCUUCGAAAGCCGAACAGGGAGCUUGUCGCCAAGGACAUUGCCGAAGAUGCUGAGAAGAGACGCACAGGCAGUGCAAGGAAACCGAAAAAUCCUGUCCGCAACCCGUUUGGAGAAGGAGUCCAGGUCGCGGCUACGCCAAAGGGCAGUCGAAAGAGGGACGUAAUCGUUGGCAUGCCCCCUCUUCCCCGAGGCAUGUCGAUGCAUUCAUCUACCCAACCAAAGGCGUCCUCAUUCUUUGGAGGCGACGGAUCACCUGUGGUCCCCGCUUCUACCGCGCGACCCAAAUCAUUCUCUAUCGCUUCCAGCUCCAGAGACACGAACGCGAUCCAGGAAACACCAACGCGACGGCCAACUCAGCUGUUAGGGUCAUUUGAUGGACCAGCAACCAGCGUGGCUGAUUCACCUCUUUCUUCCGGAAACCUCUUCCGCGUACCUCGGCGCCCGAUACCCCGGUCGACCGAUGUGGCACCGACAACGCCCGUCGCAUCGCGGCGCACCAAGUCUCGUCCAGACAUAGUCACGGAACCGACCAGUUCACUCGUGAUGGAAACUCCACCGAGACAAAACCUCACAGUGCCACUUAUCCAGGCCGACGGGCCAACAGAAGUGGCCGCAGAUACGCCAGCGAAGGUGCUCGGAACACCAGUCAAGGGCUCUACCAGAUUAUCUGUCCCGACAAGCACCGCGGUGCCGGUGACACCCGAGAAAUCAAUCUAUGCGCACCUGGGAUGGGACGACGAUGACGAUCUUGGUCUGUAA